AAAAAAAAACAACCCCCCCCCCACUACCACCACCACCACCAAUCGAGGGUUGACGUCAUUCAAUUAGCGCUGCCCCCUGCUGGUGCAAUUCAUGCUGUGAUUGGUUGAUUGACAGCACCUGCUGAGCACUCAGUCCUCCACUUUGACCUCCUGCAGAAUCAAACCCCUGCCGAAUCCACCGGGCCUGGGUAUCACGUUUAAUUUUUUAACAUGCUCGCGGUCAAAUGUAUUUUACGUGUCCUGCUUUUGAUCGCCUGUUGCUAUGGAGAACAGACAACGGCACCAGUUGGCCUUGGAGAUGAAAAGGUUGAAGAAAAAGAUGGAGCCAUUGGUUUGAACGCCACCAAUAAUAUGACUCAUUACACUUAUGGAUUUGUGGCAAACAUGGCUGCCGUGCUGCUGUACGGAAGCAACGUUGUUCCGAUUAAACAGAUCGAGACAGGAGAUGGAAUGUUUUUCCAGUGGGUGUACUGUGCAGCCAUCUGGUCAGUGUCCAUGGUCGGCGACCUCAUCCUCCACUCUCCCAAGUUCUAUCCGUUGGCGAUGCUCGGGGGAGUCAUCUGGGCCACAGGAACCGUAAUGAUCGUCACCAUCAUCAAAGCCAUUGGCCUCGGCCUGGGGAUUUUAAUCUGGGGCUCCUCCAGUAUGCUGAUUGGCUGGGCCACCGCAAGGUUCGGCUGGUUCGGGAUCCCCGCCGAGGAUGUUUCGCGGCCGGCGUUAAAUUACUGCGGAGUCGGAUUGUGUCUGCUCAGCGGUAUCAUCUUUUUCUUCGUGAAAACGGACGUGCAGCUGCAGCCCAAUCCCGAAGUUGUUCCGUUGCUCAUCGACGGGCGAACAACCUCUGGAACCUACAGCCCGACUUCGUCCAAGUUCUGGAUCGAUUCCGUCGGGCCCAAGUGCAGACGCUUUGUAGGUUGCCUGCUGGCCGUGAUGUCGGGCGUCUUGUACGGCUCCUCCUUCGCGCCCAUGCUUUACAUCAAGACCCAUUCGUCAUGCCGCGACAGCAUUUUCCACGGAGCCAGCGUUUACGACCUGGAUUAUGUCUACGGCCAAUCUUGUGGCAUAUUUGCGGCUAGCACAGUGUACUUCGCCAUCUAUUGUUUCAUCAUGAAGAGCAGGCCGAGGAUCUACUCCAGAGCUAUUCUACCAGGCCUGUUGUCGGGGUUGAUGUGGGCAUUGGCCACUUACUGCUGGUACCUGGCCAACAACUACCUGAGCGCAGUGGUCACGUAUCCCAUCGUAACCGCGGGAUACGGGCUGGUUGCAGCACUCUGGGGAAGCCUGGUGUUCAGAGAGAUUAAGGGGUUUUUGAACUUCUUAAUCUUCUCCCUGGCGUCCUGCGUGGUGUUGACCGGCUCCUUGUUGACGGCCAUCUCCAAUCUGUAAUCACGUAUAUGUACUGUAAUCUUUUUUUUAUAUAUGCACUUGUAGCAUGCUGAGUGUUUUGCAACAGCUUCUGAUUAAUAAACAACAAAUCUGUUGAAUG